UGCUCUGAACAAGCCAGACUGUGAUCUGCUAAGGAUGGGAAUCUAUGGGACGACUCACAUUUCUUAUGGUGCUUUGGGGAUAAUAUACAUUGCAGCUUUAGGCAACUUGGCAGCAACUUCAUCCGAGUUUUCAGGUUAUAUUUCCAGAAUGCUGAGGAAUUAUACGCUGCGUGCCUGUGACGGAGAAUAUGUAUCCCUCAAAUGUCCUCACAAAACCACCAUCAGCAUCCAGUCUUCAUUCUACGGGAGGAAUAUGCCCAGCCAUCAGAUAUGUCCAUCACGUCACGCACAGUCAUUCGCUACCUUCAUCAAAGAGGAUGUAUCCUGCUCUGCUGGGACGUCUCUCCAGAAAGUAUUGGACGAGUGCCAGGACCGGAGGAAUUGCCAGCUGCUUGUCAACAGCCGUUUGUUCGGCUCUGAUCCGUGUCCAGGGACCAGCAAAUACCUGGUGGUGGGAUACAAAUGUAGGCCAAAUGAAUUCAAGAGUAAGGUGGCCUGUGAGGAUGACCGUCUGAGGCUGAGCUGUAAGAGGAAUACAGUGAUUGCCAUCUAUUCUGCUACAUUUGGAAGAGUACGAGGCGGCAGCUUGGAGUGUCCUUACCAGAACCUAGGCAUGCCUUCCACAGAAUGCCAGUCACCCUCCUCCCUGUCACUUAUGACGCAGCGCUGCCAAGGCAAGAGGAGCUGCAGCAUCUAUGCCAGCACCUAUGAGUUUGGAGACCCUUGUUAUACAGGAGUCCGCAAGCAUCUGAAUGUCAUCUACACUUGUGUCCCAAAGAAACUGCUGUAUGAAACUCAGCCAAAGUCAACAAAUUACCACGGAGUGCGGCAAACUCACUUCCCAGAGCGGCCUGGACUUUACGAUCGCAAUGUGAUUGGGGAUGGGGCCUUCUUCCCGGACCCUGCCUUCAUAACUGAACACGUUCUACCAGCGGACAGGAAGAAGGGACUGGCGGCCGCAUUCUAUCCGGUGGAUGAUAAUCUUUCUAUGGGAGAGAUAGAACACGCUAUCGUCAAUCGAACCAUGGCACCAACGGGGCACAGUAGCACUGAGAUGGCACUGAUCAGCAAUAUGCUGGCAGCGUAUUCUUUUAUCACCGAAAACCCGGAAAGAGCAGCUUUAUAUUUUGUAUCUGGAGUGUGCAUUGGUCUCAUUUUGACCCUGGUGGCUCUAGUAAUGAGGAUAUCCUGUCAGACCGACUGCAGGAGGUCCACCGCGAAGAAGACGCCCAGGAAGCAGGAGAGCGACAGCGACAGCAGCGAUAGUGAUGAUGAUUCCGACACCACAUCUGACCUGUCUGCCAGGAGGCACCGGCGCUUCGAGAGGACUUUAAACAUGAACGUUUUCACCUCUGCCGAGGAGCUGGAGAGGGCGCAAAGGCUCGAAGAGAGGGAGCGUAUCAUCCGAGAGAUCUGGAUGAACGGGCAGCCGGACAUCCCGGGGACAAGGAGCCUGAACCGUUAUUAUUAGGAAGGCUUUUGUGCCAACUGCACACUUUGGUGAACAAUGGGAGCUUGUAUUCAUGAGAAACUUUGUCAGGAAGUGCACGGAAAGCCAUUAUUUAUGAGUGAGAACUUUGCAUUUCCUCAGUACUCUGACCCUCAGGAUACUAGAACGAGGGCAACCUUACUCCUUACUCCAGGAGAAGUCACAAACGUGACGUUCUUCUCUGAGACUAAUGAUGAUGAUGAUGCUUGAGGCUGGUCCUUGAUGACACUCCGAGUUCUGAAAAAAAAAGCAAGAGACUUGGAAAACUCAACCAGCAUGGACAAUGUAACAAUGCAAUGCAAGAGCUUCUUGCGACCAU